UCAGGUAUGAAUGGUAGGGUGGGAUUCUCUGCUCAAUAUUCUGCAGGAGAUCAGACUUGGGCGGACAAAACAAGUGACCUAGUAAUGAAAGGCUCCAUAUCCCAGUGUAACUCCUGGUGCUAUCCACCCCUUCGCAGGUCCUGGACUAACAGUGUCCUUUAAAUAAAUAGCUGCCCUAUGAUUUCCGGACACAGAGCAGAGAUCAAGAGGCAAGGAGGAAAUUCUGCUAUCUCCUUACUAUCCAAUUCUAGGGUGACCAGAUGAAACAGACAAAAUAUCGGGACACAUGGGGGAAGCGAAAAAACCCCAAACUGCCGGAAUGGCCAAAGCCGCAAUAUCGGGACAAAUGGCGUCCUGACCCAUCGGUUAGGACGUGGGACAAAGAACUAAAAAUCAGGACAGUCCCGAUUUUAUCAGGAUGUCUGGUCACCCUAUCCAAUUCCCAUGUAGGAAGUCAGGCAAUAAGCAAAUCGGUAGGUCUCCCAUCCUCACAUUUGCUUUCCUUUUGCACACAAACUGUAGUAGAGCUGGCCCCAGGCAGGGCUUGUCCCUGAGUGAAAAACAGCCUCUCGGUAAAGACGAGGGAAGAAAUUGCCCUAUUUGUGGGACUUUUUUCAAAAUCUCAUCUGUGGUUUGUUUUCAGAUUUUGCCCAUCUAGAAGCUGGUAGGAAAUGGCUGUCUCCUAAGAACCGGUCUUUGCCUUUGCCCAGCCGCGCUGCUGGUUUGCUAGCAUCUGGAAGCUAUCACUGGGCAGAGUGAUAAGUUCUUCUGCUGCAGCUGGCCAGUGCAAACACAAUAACUGCACGUUCAGGGUGCACCUGGGAACAGCCUGUCUGGGGCCAGAACGUUCAGGCAGAAGUAGCUCCCACUCAGCUAAAGUAAAGAAUGACUUGUGUGCCAGCCCUGCCACACCUCUGCGCCUGGGCUGCCAGUGCCCUUGGCACGGGAUCCAGUAGCAGGCACAUCACUGUUAAUGUUAGACCAGCAGCUCGACUCAUGCUGGCCAAAGGUGUGAAGCGCACGCGGGGGGAGAUGGAGGGCGGCGAGCUGGAGCCCCGAGACCCCAGUGCCGCCCCGGCCAGAUCCUUGUUCAACAUCUCCAUGCUGAAGCUGCACCAGAGUCUGCGGCUUGUGGAACCCAACUUGCGGCACUUGGUGCUGGUGGCCAACACCUUGCGCCGGAUGCAGGACCACAUGCAGCAGGAGGCCAGGGGGCCGGUGGCCCCAGACAGCCCCAAGGCCCCAUCCGGGGUGGAUUCUCCUGCCCCUGCCUCAGACUCUAGGGACAGUGGCCUGGAGCCCUGCCAGCAGCCACCCUCCGACAACCAGGGGGACGAUCUCCUCCUCUCCACCAGGGAUGCCUCCAUCUCCGCCAUCCUGGAGGACCUGGGUCAGGUGGAGGUCCUGAGCCCUGCCCGGCCUGAAGAGGAGCAACUGCUGGCCGGCGAGUCUGGAGCCAAGCAGGAGCUGGCUCGGACCUCAGCCCCUUGCUUGGGCCCCUUGGAGCUGCUCAGCUCAGCUGGCUCCCUGCUAGAGGACGGCCUGGAGGACAUCUUUGAGGACAUCGACACCUCCAUGUACGACUGCGACCUGUGGUCGCCCACCAGCCUCUCCGGCUUCAAGGCUUUCUCUGGCGCCGAGGACUCAGACAGCAAGGUGCUGGCCGGCGCCGAGGACCGGCUGGACAUGAGCGACCUGGACUACCUGAUGGACGUGCUCGUGGGGGGACACGCCUUCUGAGGGCGGGGGUGGGGGGCAGAGGGAGGCUGAUAGUAUUAAAUACCCCUGGUCUAAUUUAUCAGGGGCCCGAUCCUCAGCUGGGGUAAAUCCGGCACUGUCAGUGGAGCUGGCUGAUCCCUGCUGCAGACCUGGCCCCGUGUUUCUCGACCUGAAUUCUCAGCCAGGCUUUGGCCCCUCUGCCCUGCCCUGGGGUCGCGUCAGCCCCCUGAGGGUUCCCGUGCGUAAGGGUCUCCCUGGUCAGUGCAGAGCUGGUGUAAUGGCCCUGCUCCCAGCCCCUGAUGUAGGGGGUGGAUCAGGGGCAUGGCUGGAGCACACUGUGCUGUGGCUGUUCUCUGCCCCCUGGGGCCCAUAGGGGGAGAAGCAUCAGUUAGAGCAGCCCUGAGGUUGCUCUAACUGAUGCCAGGGCUCAGAAUACAGGAAGCGCAAAGGGGCCUUAAAGCCACUGUAACCCCUGGUCCAAGAGCAAGAGCCAAGAAUGGCAACACGUUCAGUAAGCCCCUCCCCAGUGCACUGCCCCCCCCGGUCUCACCCCCAGGCCUCCCCCAUCCUAGCAAGAUGAGCCGUGGCUGGGGGGAAGGUAAGAGGCCAUUUCCUGGCCCUUGGUGGGUCCCAGGUUGGGCUCUGAACAGUCUGGAAAUAACUUAUUGUCUGAGCGACGGGGAAAAUGUCGGAAACUCCCGAAAAGCCUCUGUGAACUGCUUUGAAAGGAAAAUAACACCCCUGGCUCUGCACCCCGCUUCCACUGUCUCCUUGUACCCGCAAGCCAUUCCUGCUGCGCCAGCCUCAAGUCCUGGGUGGCUGCAUCUCAUCUGCCCCUCUUUCCUUCGGGCUGUUCCCUGUGUCACUUACCCUUGGGCCAGAUCCCCACUCCAUUGAUCUGCAUUACUUCCCACCAAGAAUGAUCCCACAGAGCCCCCCCACUCGCCUCCGGCCCAGAGUCCAGCCCGCACCUGUGCACCCACUCGCCCAUGUGAAGUUGCCUCUGGUCCCAGGGGAACCGGUGCAGCUGCUGGGUGGGGUCCCAGCCACACCGUGUCCAGGUGUGUGGGGGGGAGGUUAGACAGCUGGGACCAGUCCCAACUGAGACAGAGAUAAAGAGCCCUGUUUGAGCCCAUCAGAAGUUGACUGUAACAGCGGGACGCCUGGGUUCUAUCCCAGCUCUGGGAGGGGAGCAGAGUCUAGUGGUUAGAGCAGGGGGUUUGGGAGCCAGGAUGCCUGGGUUCUCUUCCUGUCUCAGCCCCUGACUCACUGUGUAACUGUCAGCAGUCACAUCCCCUUCUGGGACCAGUGGCCAACGACUGUCCCCUUCCAGGGUGCUGGGACAUCCCCACUCUGAUCAUGCUCCCGCCAGGUGCUUUGAACCCAGGCGUCCUGCCUCCCACCCCUGCUGGCUGCACAGCCCUUCAGGGGCCUCAGAGGGAGGCGCUAGCUAAGAGCAGGGGGGUCUUGUCAGCACUACCAGGACCUCUUCCCCCGCAUGGGAAAUCAGCCAUCUUGUAGCAGCUGCUUCAGCCGGGCUCUGGAUGCAGCCCCUGGCGCUGGGCUGGGGUCAGCAGGCGCCCACGGCCCUGGGUCUGCACCGUGGAGUUCCUGGGCCUGGAGCUGCUGUCCCGGGGCCCAGCAC